GAGCGUGGGCCUAUUGAAAUUUACUGUUACUUUUUUCCACCCACAGUUGCUAAAUGUACUAAAUAAAACAGCCGAACUUCGUGUUACUGUCGGUUUGUCGCUGCAUACGCAUUGAGAUGAAAGCGGGAGCGCCGGACGUCCAGGUUGAGCUUUUGUUUGCUACAUGAUGUUUGUCCUUCGGAGUUGUUAGCGUGCUAAGCUAGCUUGGAGCCGAUCAGCAAACGCGACCGUCAGAAUCAGCCAUGGCGCUAAGUUCACGUCUUUAAGACAGGCAGGUGUAGUUUUAAAACUAGCGCAGGGAUUUAAUUUACAAUGAAUUCUGGUGACGCGCUGUUUUGCAGAAUACGGAAAGCAGCAGGUUAGCUUCCCCUGCACUAGUUGGCUAACGACGUAGGCAGGGAACCCUUUCGCAGCAGGUCGACUAGCUGGAUAGACUAGUUGGCCCAUGCUAGCUUGUUGGCUGCUGUUCUGGUGUGAACAGUAAGUUAAACAGCGAAACACGGAGCAUUCUGAUAAAUGCUGAAAUAACGUCACGUUGCAGGGCACAGUAACCGGCUUCGUCCGCUUUUGUUCCGUGUCCUGCAGAUAGGGAUAAGUUGGGUUGUUGAGCAGGGGCUCGGGCCUCAGUCCGCGGGCUUGAGUUGAGCAACCUUCCGGGAUCCGACGCGACUCAUUGUGCCUGUACACAGACGCAAGCUGGACGUUCGUCAUGGGCGACAGCAGAGAUUCUCGCAGCCCAGACAGCUCCUCUGUAUCAUCACCACCUUCAGGCCAGCGCUCACCCUCACUGGCUUCUUCAGCAGCUGCCAUGACCUCAUUGCCUCCUAUUACCUCAGCAGUCAACAGUCCCAUUAGUAGUAUAGGAUCACCAUUCUCUGUCAUCAGUUCUUCACUGGGCUCCCCAUGCCUACCUGGGACACCCUCCGUGGGCUAUGGCCCCAUCAGCAGUCCCCAAAUCAAUUCCACUGUGUCAAUGUCUGGUCUACAUGCUGUUAGCAGUUCAGAUGAUGUAAAGCCACCGUAUGGCCUGAAGCAACUUUCGAGCCACAGUCCUGGACCCACGCUUUCUCAGAAACGCCUCUGUGCAAUUUGUGGUGACCGCUCCUCUGGUAAGCACUAUGGUGUGUACAGCUGUGAGGGAUGUAAGGGCUUUUUUAAGCGCACUGUGAGAAAGGACUUGAGCUACACUUGCAGAGAUAACAAGGACUGUAUGGUUGACAAGCGCCAGAGGAACCGUUGUCAAUACUGCCGCUACCAGAAGUGCCUGGCUAUGGGCAUGAAGAGAGAAGCCGUUCAGGAAGAGCGUCAGAGGAACAAAGAGCGAGAAGGGGAAGCGGAGUCUACCAGCGCAGUGAAUGAAGAGAUGCCAGUAGAAAAGAUUCUGGAAGCAGAAAUGGCUGUGGAACAGAAAACAGAAAUGCAUUCUGAUGGAAGCUCAGGGACCAGCUCUCCAAAUGAUCCUGUCACUAACAUCUGCCAGGCAGCGGACAAACAGCUCUUCACUCUGGUGGAGUGGGCCAAGAGGAUCCCACAUUUCUCAGAACUGCCUUUGGAUGAUCAGGUCAUCCUCCUGCGUGCUGGCUGGAAUGAACUGCUGAUUGCUUCAUUCUCCCAUCGCUCCAUCACAGUAAAGGAUGGCAUUUUGCUGGCCACUGGCCUCCAUGUUCACAGGAACAGUGCACACAGUGCAGGUGUUGGAGCUAUCUUUGACAGGGUGCUAACUGAACUAGUGAGUAAAAUGAGAGAUAUGCAGAUGGACAAGACUGAGUUGGGCUGUCUGAGAGCCAUCAUCCUUUUCAACCCAGAUGCAAAGGGGCUGUCCAGCCCGAGUGAGGUGGAAUUGCUCAGAGAAAAAGUCUAUGCAUCACUGGAGGCUUAUUGCAAGCAAAGAUACCCUGACCAGCAGGGCAGGUUUGCCAAGCUACUCCUCCGGUUGCCAGCCCUGCGAUCCAUUGGCUUGAAGUGUUUGGAACACCUGUUCUUUUUCAAGCUGAUUGGUGAUACUCCAAUUGACACCUUCCUUAUGGAGAUGCUGGAGGCUCCCCAUCAGUUGACCUAAUGUGGAAUGAACUCGACCCACUUAAAUCCGGUUUGCACCAGGGUUUACCAGCUUCUUGGACAUUGGGGCUUCACUGUGUCUCUGAGUUAAAUCUCCUGCUCACACCAUCGUUUAUUCUGUCCUCCUUUUUUCCCCUCACUGCUUUGUCGCCUAUGCUGGAAUAGCCCUAAAAGAUUUUCACAUUUUUAAUUUGAAAAAUGAUGCAAAAAAAAAAAAACAUGCAAUUUCCGGUUAAGACUUUAAACAGGGACGCAUUGCACAGAAAGAUGUCUUCAAAUGAUAUACAGGUUAUGAAGUUUAUCUUAAGAUAGGCUUCAGUUUUCUAUGUUAUCUUCCAAUUCGAGAGUAUUGACAAUGAUGUUCAUGUGUUUUGUUUAUUUUUACAUGCUACACAAAAGCAGUUAAAAUUGACCAAAUGCAUAGCUCUAUUGACCAGAGCAUGAAAUUUCAUUAGAUGAACUUGCAUUGAACAUCCCUCUUGGCUACGAAAUUAAGCGCAGACAAUGCGCUUUUGCAGACUCUUUAGCUUACAUGCCAUUCUGGGGCUUAUGUACUGUACUCAUGAAAUGAGUGCAUUGGAAUGCAGCAUGGAAAAUUCAGGAUCUUCUAGUCUGGCCUGUACAAACUGCUAGCCAGGGUUUUUAUGAACAAAAUGUAUGUGGGAUGAUUUUAGUGUGUUCGACAUUCAUUUUGGUGAUAUCCAGUGGAGGGUAAAAAGUAGAGCUGGGCGCUAUGGCAAAAAUCGAAUAGCGUAAUACUUUGCAUGAAACGUCUUUUAUUUUUAUUUUUUUUUAAGGCAUCUGGUCAGUUGGAACAGAGAAAAAAGAACCAGUAGUGCUACAUAAAAAAAAAUACUAUCAACAACUGUGAACAAUGGUUUUUAUCCCAUAUUUGGCCUUGUGUUGCACUAAAUCCAGUUAUAUGGGACUAAUUUUGCUCUGUUUAUAAUGAAACAUGCAGUUGAUCAGUGUUCAUGUACUGAUGAUAUCCACAACAUGGUCAGAAAAUCAUAACAUACUCUUUUGUGACAAUUUAUCAUGAGAAUGAUAAAUAUUGUCAUAUUGCCUAGCCCUAGCAGAAAGGCCCAGUGAGAAUUUUGUAGAAAUUAUUGAAUGGGUUGUUUUGGUUUUUUGCAGUUUAUUCUGUAAGAAGUGACUGAUCUGUUUAGCUUCACAGUUCCAGGUGUUCUCCAUGUCUCUCAUGUGGUCCAUUGCUUGGAUUCUUAAAAAAAGAAAUACACUUGACCCCAGAGACAUACAUUCUGUGUGUAUUGGUUGGUCGGUCAUUGACCAACAGAGGUGACCAGCUUCUCUCUUUCCAAAGAUAUCUACUCUGCUGGUGGUAUACUACUGACUGUGUUCAACCUGAUGGCCGAACAAGCCUUAUGAAGGACAUUCAUGAUCGAUCUGAGAGAUUUUAUACAUUCCAUCUGUAUUGGUGUCUGUGCAUUUCUCACAUUUGCCAAAACCCCAGAGCCAGAUUCACAUAUGGAUUAUUAUGCAUUUGGAGUAUCUGGUGGAAAUUUUUGAUAAGAAUAAUUGUUCUGUAAUCAGGAGUUAAAACCAGCAUAUGUCACAGUCUAUGCAUCUGAGGAAUACUUGCAUGAGAUGGCACAAUCUUGCACUUCCUCAUGUGCACAAUCCACGAACAAAGUACUUGCCAACUAUAGGUGUAUGUGAAGGAGUGUUGAUGCACAUUCUAAAAUCUUGGAAAAGUGUACUAGCUGUAAGAAAAAAGAAAAAAAAUCAUGUAUAUAAAUAUCAUUCUGCAGGCUAUAUGUCAUCCAAACAAAGCAAUCUCUUCAUCCCAGGUGCUUUUUCUUCCUGAAAGUUUGGAAGCACAUGCCAAGCCCAACAUUAUUUAUUUAUUUUGUUUUAGUAGUUAAUAAUUGAUAUUUCGGUGGAUAGAAUGGAGCACGGCUGUCCAGCUCUUGUCCUGACAGGCUUCUGUCUAGCAGAGUUUGGCAGUACCCCUGCUGCCCCGAUCAUAUGUGUUCAUACAUACUAGAAUUCGUCACUCUCGUUAGUCUGUGACUCCAUAACUCUCCCAUUGCAUUUGUAAACAUGUAGAGAUCCCUGUUUGUCUCAAAAACAAAAAAAAGGUUAUGCAGUGAGUUUCAUCUGCUAAUGCAGUUAGUGCAAAGUUCCCCCAUUGUUUCCAAAGGCCUGGUGAAGCAGUGGUCUAUCAGCAACUUCUGGUUAAUUUGCCAUUCUUUACUUGGAAUUUUUAUCAGGGGCACAUUUUACAUCCUUUGUUUUCAUUUUUCCUCUCCUUUAUGUAACAGUUGCCCUCCUGGCUUCCAAAAAUUCAUACUGCACUGUACACCUUCAUGUCUACUGUAUUCCAGGUGUUUCAUUUUUUUAUAUUGCCAGUGCUAGAUUUUUUUUUUUUACUGUCCUCUAUUAAACAAUGGUACUGUAAUAUCUUUAUCCUUGUGAUUUAAGUUCUUAGUGGGAAGGAUGUGUAGUUAUACAUACAGAUUUUGUGGACAUAGGUGGAUGUGUUAUUUUGAAUAUAUCCCCUUUGUUCUGUGUGAAAGUUUGUUUGUUUGUUUUCGAGCAGUACCCCAGUAUGCCCAAUCAGCCUGCAUUUUUUUUAAAUACAGAAAGUGAUCAAAGUUGUACAGUGGAGCUUUGACUAAGGUUGGCUGUUUAACCAGACUAAAAACUCUUGAAGUGCAGUGGCCCUCAACAUGAGUUACUUGAUUAGGGUUUGCAGAACUUGAUUAUGCUGAUUUCUCAUGGAUCACACUAGCUGUCUUUUUUUAUAUGUACAAAAUAAACAGUCCUGUGAUAUGCCUGAAAUUAUAUAGCAGUGCCAGCCAUGCAGGUGUCAAAAAAUUCUGUUUUACCACCCUUAUGCAGUAUGUAAUCAUUAAGAAGGGUGAAAUCAUGGAAUGCACCAUUUUAAUUUAACAUUUUUAAACAUGUUCCUCCUUCUCUGCUAUGUCUCUUAUGUGGAAAGUGCUCGUGAGCUUGUCCUGAAAUAUGCAAACUGUGGACCAGCGAGAAAGUGCGGGUGGUUUUAUAUUUCUCAGUGUAUGCGCAUGUUUAAGGCAGCAACAGUACGUUAGUAGAGGAAGUACAAAGAGCUCUGAAGCAGUUUUUCGAGCCCUAAACUUAAAACUGAAGUUGUUCUUUGCAAUUUACUCACGGAGGACAAACGAAUUCAAAUGGGGCAGACAGUUGAGAGCGCUGGCCAUGAGACAUAAGUGGGGGAAAAAACCGCUUCUCCUGUAUUGCCAAACUAUUUCGUGCAUUCUGAGUGUUUGCGUAUUAAACUGCACAAAAACCACUUAGGAUCGUUUCAGACGUCUAUUUCCGCGGCACAGCCUUUAAUAGACUGGCAGUUCUAUAAAUGAUGGGCUGUACAGUGAGUGAAGAUGUUUUUCCUGUUGUGUCAUGUCUAAAUAAAGGUUUAAAUAUUGUA